AUGGCAAGAACAGAAACACUGGACCCUCAACGCGUCCUCGACCUAGCCACCAAAGCUCUUGGCGAGGGGCAGCCGAGUCUCAAAACACCCUAUGAAGCCGUCGCGCUGGUCGGACACACCUGUAUGGUGGCCGUGGGCUUCAGAUUGGUAGGACUCGGAGAAGACCACAAUCUGGAAUCAUCUACAGACAGCCCCGCCCUCCCCGCAGAAUGGAAUACUAACGAUACAUUUGCCUUCCGAUACGCGCACGAACAAUCGUCCAUGCAGUACCUGCUCAAAGUGAGCCGCCUCGGUAGCAAUGUCGUUGUGAAUGCGCUGGCUUUAGGCGAUGAUCGUACCAGCUCCUUCGACCUCCCCGUCAAAGACUAUAUCUCCGGAUCGGCAGUUCCAUUGCCCGCUACUGAGAAUGUCGCCAGUGCCCUGCAGGAUGUAUUCAUCUCCUCUGCGCGACUAAAUGACUUGAUCGGAUUAUUCAAAAUCAACGUGAUUCAAAAACUUGCGCCGGGACUAUACAAGGAAGGAUACGAGGAUACCAACCGACAUAUUCGGCCAGAGGCAGAGCCACGACGUGAUCCCCUCCGCGAGGACUUCCCACAGCCCGCACGUCCAUACCCAUUCAACGACCCCCUGGCCGCAGGACCGCGCAUGCCAAACCCACCGGAUUUCGCCCCGCCCGGAUUCGAGGAUGAAUUUGAGAUCCAUCGGCCUCCUCGUGGAUAUCCCCCAGGUCUAGGCGGAGGAAGAAGCCCCUACAAUAUCGGAGACAGAGAUCUAUACCCCGCUGGAAUGGCUCCUCAUGAUCCACUCCGUGGGACUAUGGGUCCUGGGUUUGGGGGUGGCGGUGGUAUGCAUCCCACCUUUGAUGAUCCUCUCUUCGGUGGCCCAGGUGGUGGCAGUGGAGCGUAUGAUCCUCGUGCUCCGCCGGGUGCGAGAUAUGACCCUGUUGGUCCUGGUGAUCCUCCCAUGGGCCGCAACCAAGGACCCCGAGGGCCAUUUGGCCGAGGGGGGUCCUGGCGGAGGCUUUGGGGGGAGGCUUCGGUGGAUUUGGAGGAGGGUUUGGAGGAGGCGACAUCAUUUAAGCUUUCUUGGGCUACCGGCACGACUUGGAAUGAAAUGAACCAUGAUGAUGAUUGCUAUGAAAAUAAA